CCAGUUCCAGUGUGUCUCGGGUGGAGCUAUCCCAGGCUAGAGCAGGCCCUCAGUCGACAGGACAGGAGCAGAGACAGAGCGCUGACAGGACAGGGACAUGCCACUGAGCGUCGUACUGCAGGGUCCCGCUCCAUGGGGUUUCCGUCUGACCGGGGGCAAGGACUUCAACCAACCCCUGACCAUCUCCAGGAUCACCCCGGGCAGCAGAGCGUCUGUUGCUAACCUGUGCGCGGGGGAUGUGAUCGUGGCCAUCGAGGGGGUCUCGGCCUCGGACAUGCUGCACUGUGAGGCCCAGAACAAGAUCAAGGAGGCCACGAGCCAGCUGCACCUCACCAUCGAGAGGAACGAGGCCAGACUCUGGUGCCCUCGUGUGGUGGAGGACGGGAAAUUACAUCCCUACAAAAUGAACUUGGAAGCGGAGCAGCAGGAAUACAAACCUAUUGGAACAGCACACAACCGGAAAGCACAGCCGUUCAUAGCAGCAGCAAACAUCGACGACAAGCGCCAGGUGGUCAGUACGUCCUACAACACCCCCAUCGGCCUCUACUCCUCAGGAAACAUCCAGGACGCCAUGGAGGGCCAGAUCCGGGGGCUCGUGCCCCCCAGACAAGUCAGCCCACGGACCCUGACCAGUAUUGAAGACUCAGACGUGUAUCGCAUGUUGCAGCAGGACCACGAGGAGCCGCUGGAGCCCAGACAGUCCGGUUCAUUUCGAGCUCUGCAGGAGUUUGUUGACAGUGAUGGUACCCGGCCGAUCGUGACCCGUAGUGUAAAGGCGCCAACCACCAAACCCCACGCGCCCACGGGGAACCUCCAGAAGCUACCUGUCUGUGACAAGUGCGGCAACGGCAUAGUUGGGACAGUGGUGAAAGCACGAGACAAAUACCGCCACCCGGGAUGCUUCGUCUGCUCCGACUGCGACAUGAACCUCAAACAGAAGGGCUAUUUCUUCGUGGAGGGCCAGCUGUACUGCGAGAGCCACGCCCGAGCCAGAAUGAGACCUCCAGAGGGACACGAGCUUAUCACUACAUAUCCCUCCGCCUAGACCCACCCUUCCACCCAACACCGCGCAUAUACUCAGCUUCUAAUGCCACGCGCGCACCUCGGCACGUUCACCAAACAGACGCCGGCAAAGACUAAAGACAACACGGGAUUACGCCCCGCCAAGAGUUUAUGCUACUUCAGGCCUAUAUUUUGAUUAUAUUCUAUACGUAGAGCUAGGGCUGUGCUGUUAGUUGAAUUUUAAUGAAGAUUCAAUCAUUUCUAAUCAUCAAUCAUUUUUAAUCAAAACGUCAACAGUUAAUCCUUUGAUGGUUUGGGCAGAGUUCAUACUUACGAGGAAGAAAUCUGACAGUAUGUUUGGUUUAAAGUCCCAAUGUGUCGUUAAAUUGGCUGAACCGCCUUUGUUGUAUUCUCACGUAACGCCACUAGGUGCUGUCUAUGUUACUGCUCUCCGAUAGUCCUGACAGAAGAAGAGCAGAGAACACAUCUGUCAUCUACACUUCAAUAAUAAUAAUGAUGAUAGUAAUAAUAAAAUAAACUUACAGAUGAAAAAAAUCUACCUUUCGUGUUCAGGAAACUAAUACUGAGAGCCUUUUAUUCUCGUUAAUAAGCCAACGUGUCACAAAGCCCAAGGACAGAUUCUGAUGGUUUAUAAGUGAAGUCCUUGAAUGAAUAUAUCUAAAAAAACAAACAAAAAAAAACAAACCAAAAAAACCUUUGCAAAUAUGUGUAUUAAAGGGCCCACAUUGCGUUAUUUUCUGAUCUAUGUUGUAUUUCCUCAUCACAAACAGACCUGGAGUUGUGUUUUGUUUCAUUCACAUGUUUAACACACAAACCCUGUAUAUUUAGCUCUUCUCUCAAAUGGAAAACACUCCACACACCUUCACUAGAAUCAUUUGGAUGAUUUCAGCUCUGGAAUUGCCGAUCUGUACUGAACAAAAGGUAAAAGGAGCUGUUAACUUAAUUACCUCUUCAUGACAUCACAAGGUGGAAAAGAGCAUCUUGAGCUUUGGAGAUGGAGACAAAUUAACCCCCAAUUUACACCAAAGCAGUAACAGCAGGAAUCAUCUUUACACGACACUCAAAAGUAGGUUGGAGUUGUAAGUUUUCAGCGUCAACAGGAGCAUCUCCAGGCUUUUACCGUGCAUCACAUCCAGGACUGUAAGUUUAUUAUGUGUGUUAUUGUGUAAGGUCCAGGUAUUAAACAUGUGUGAACGAAACAAAAAAACAACUCCAGGUCUGUUAUUGAUGAGGAAACAACAUUAGAACAUGGCUUAUCAAUAUUGAUAAUAUAAGAGCUUUAAUUCUGUCCGCUUAAAUACAGAAAUGACAAAAAAAACAAACAAAAACAACUAAAUGUCAUGUGUCAGAAAAGCACCUUAGAUGAAGAUUCAGAAGUAAACUGUUUGAUAUAAGGUGAAAUGGUCAUAAUGCUGUAAGAUUACAUUGUGCAUACACAGGAUCUGUCCAGUUUGUUUGUUUGUCUGGUGGAUGGUCCGCCACCUGCUCGUCUCCAUGGAGAAAUAUUCACUAUAACAAUAAGAAAAGGCAAACCUACACAGUAACAUGUGUUUCAAAGUAUUUUUAAUCAAUGCAAACUCCUGUAAUUGAAUAAAUGCAAGAUGGGAACUUUAAUGCCAUACUGUGGAACAUUCUAGGGAAAGCAACCUUUAAGUAUUAUAUGUUGUGUGUAAUAAAGUUUUAAUGAAAGCACUGUAGUUUAAAAGUGUA